UGGACAGCUCAGUUUUCUGGCUGCAGUCUGGGAUUCAUCUCCCGCCCUCACAGACCCAAAUCCAGAAAUCGAAACUGCACCGGUUCCCAUGCAGAAGGCGCCCUCACCCACUGGAUCUCCCUGCCUCCAACAGGACCCUGCCCUGACCCCCACGCCCACUAUGCCUCCCCCGGAGGACCCCUCCGAAGACCAUGAACACAGCCAAAGCCCCGCGGAGCAAGCCAUGAAGGAGGAAUUCCAGUUUCUGCGCUGCCCGGGCUGCAAGGCCCAAGCCAGGUGCCCCAAGCUGCUGCCUUGCCUGCACACGCUGUGCUCUGGAUGCCUGGAGGCGCCGGGCUUGCGGUGCCCCAUCUGCCAGGCGCCGGGGGCUGGCGCGGAGGAGGCCCUGGAUAACGUGUUCUUCGAGAGCCUGCAGCGGCGCCUGGCGGUAUUCCGGCAGAUCGUGGAUGCGCAGGCUGCGUGUACCCGCUGCAAAGAGUCGGCUGACUUCUGGUGUUUCGAGUGUGAGCAGCUCAUGUGCCACAAAUGCUUCGACGCGCACCAGUGGUACCUCAAGCACGAGGCCCGGCCCCUGGCCGAGCUCCGCGACAGCUCAGUUCGCGAAUUCCUCGACAGUACGCGCAAGUCCAACAUCUUCUGCUCCAAUACCAACCAUCGCACCCCGGCGCCGACCAACAUCUACUGCCGAGGCUGUGCCAAACCUCUGUGUUGCGCAUGCGCCCUCCUGGACGGCGACCACAACCAUCUCCGGUGCGACAUCGGCGACGAGAUCCAGCAGCGGUAUGAGGAGCUGGGCACCAUGACGCAGGCGCUGCAGGAGCAGGACAGGGUCUUCGACAGUGCUCACGCGCAGAUGCGCUCCACCAUAGGCCAGCUGGAGCACGCGCGCGCAGACACGGAGGAGCGGAUCCGCGCACGCGUCCGCCAGGUGGUAGAGCAUGUGCAGGCGCAGGAGCGCCAGCUGCUUGAGGCGGUGAACGCACGCUACCAGAGGGACUACCAGGAAAUAGCUGGCCAGCUGGGCCACCUGGAAGCUGUGCUGCAGCGCAUCCGCAGUGGUGGCGCGCUGGUUGAUAAGAUGAAGCUCUAUGCCUCCGACCAGGAGGUGCUGGACAUGCAUAGCUUUCUGCGCAAGGCCCUCUGCCGCCUGAGCCAGGAGGAGCCCCAGAACCAGCAAGUCCAGCUGCGCACCAGCGGCUUCGAGGAGUUCAAGUGGUGUCUGCAGGACCUCAUCUCCUGUAUCACCCAGAGGACAGAUGCAGCUGUAGCCAGGAGAGCCACCUCAGAGGCAGCCAGCAUUCCCAGGGACUCUUUUGACCUUGAGCAGCCCAGUGAAGUGCAGAGGACCCAGGCCCAGGCCCUGAGGCUGUCCAAGACCCCACCUGUGGCUGUGGUACAGUCAGUGCCCGGGGCACACCCCGUGCCCGUAUAUGCCUUCUCUAUGAAAGAGGGCUCCACCUAUCGAGAGGAGGCCUCUCAGACGAUCACCCCCAUGAAGAGGAAGUGCUGCCAUAGCGAUUGCCACAGGAAGAUCAUCAAGAUGGAGUCCACGGAGGAGGAUGAGAACAGGUUGAUCUCGAGCUCCCCGGAGCAGCCCAGGCCCAGCACGUCCAGGGCCAUCUCUCCUCCCCAUCUGGAUGGGCCACCCAGCCCUGAGAGCCCCAUCCGAGAAAAGGAGACCCCCCUGCCCACCAGCAACCAUGUUACCAGCGACACAGAGAAGACAGAAGAGCGAAUUGUGGUGAUCAGCAGCUCGGAAGACUCAGAUACUGAGAAUCUGAGCCACCGGAUACCACUGCCACACCCUCCUCGCCAAGCCACUCCGCCCUGGUGAGCACCCGAAGAGCCUCCCACCCACUCUGGACCUCCCACUCCAGCAGGGCCUGCAGUCUACCUCAAGGCACCUGCCAGCCACCAGCUUGGUCUUCCCAUCAUCCCACAGAGCAAGCUGCCGGCUCUGACACCGAGUCCUCCGGCCAGCCUGCCACUUGCCAGAAUCAUCCUGCUGUCCUCUGUCAGAUCUGCAUUUUCUCACACAAAGCAAGGAGAGCCACCGGCCUUCAUGACGCCCCUGGUAGCCUGUAUCCCCAGUGAUGUUAUGCCCCGACACAGGCCUCCUCUGGUAGCUCAGGCCACCACCCCUGCCACCCUAGGGCUUCCCAGGCGUCCUGCUGAUAACCUACACCCAGGCAUCCUGCUGAUAACCUACAUACAGAGGGACAUCAGCAAACUCUGCUGGAUGCACAGAGCCUCCGGGGCUCUCCCGGGGCUCCCCCCUACCCCCGAUUUUCACCAGUGGCUUUGCAACUUAGUUUUUCUCCCUUGCUCCUCUGUGGCUUCUCAGCCUAAUGCUUUUUCCAUGGGUAGUGCACAGGUAGCAGGUUCCCCCAGAGAUUCUAACAAAGCCACCAUGGAGAAUCCCCAAGUUCAAGGCCUCUCUUGAAGUCUUUGAAAUUUCAUUACCACCCCCUUACCCACUCAAGAGGCCUCAUCCCUCCCAGUCCAGGCCUAGGCCCUCUGUCAGACAGGCCUCUGAGAACCUGAGUUCUUCCCUCCUCCGUGGCUGCUUGCCACCCCAUGCCACUGCUGCAGUCUCGUGGCCAGAUGUCCCUGCCGAUGCAUGCAGCGACUCUAUCCAUCCCAAGGCCUGGCAGGUAUGACUGCUCAAUAAAUACUUGUUAAAUGAUCUCCGUUGUGAACCCUUAUUCCACAGCCAUCAGAUCCCGUGUAGGAUCUUCCCUGUAGGGCUGUUUGUCUUCUAUUCCUGCAUGGAACUUAGCUCCUCUCUGGGGGAGAACAUGGCUGUCUUCCUUCCACACUUAUGAGCGUCUAAAGUGGGAAGCAGGACAAGGCCUGGACAGCUCAUCACCUGGUGGCUCUUAGGGUGUAACUAACCUUAUCUCCCCAGUCCGUCUCGGACACCUGCCCACCUCCCCUCUCAUGGAGGGACGAUUUGCCCCUACAUUUCUUCUUUCCCCCUCAUGUCUUGCUUUCUUCCUGGUUGAUUUCAACACCCGCCAUCUGUCCUACGCUCCUUGGUCUCUGAAGGGUCUUCAGCCAGCCACUUCAGCUGCCCAGCAGUGACAUGCCACACUGUGUUCCUUGACACCACCUCUAAAUGGACUGCCCUGACUCAGACCACCACCUCAUGUUCCUGGAGCCCUCAAGCUUACCAUCACCUCCCUCCAGCUGAGAUGUUUCAAUCAUUCUCUCUUGGAGACCUGCUGGCAGAAACAACCAGAAUCAGGGCCCUGUUGACUCUCUGCUGCCCUCUGGAGACAAGCUGGAGAAAAGCCACACAGGAAGGCAAAGAGCAAAGGACUUCCGGUCAUACCCAUCUGCUCUCAUUUGGCUCCCUAGGGACACUUCUCUAGGCUUCCUCCUGGUCUUCCCUCUUACCUGUUGACUGUACCUUCUGCUCCUGGGAGGAAACAGAAACCCUUUGGACAGUGUGGGAAUCGUGGGCAUCUGCUACCUAAUUACAGAUUUGCCUGUUGCUGCCCUUCUGCCUGGAAGUCGGCUUGCCUCUAAGACCCACACCUGUGUCCUGGCCCAGCUAGCCCAGCCCCUGCCCUGUGGGAAACCUCACUCUACCUCAUGCCUGCGUCUCCUGAUUCAUCCGCUGCCUUCGGGCCAGUCUCUCUCUGCCCACUCCCUGCUUCUCCCUUGGCCUGUGCUUCACACCACUCCUCAUCGCACGUUCCGAACCUCCCCACCAUGCCUGCAAACCCUACCGGUCAGCACCAGGGAAGCCCCAGGCCUCUCAGCACGGUGGUCCCAGACUGCCCAUGGCAUUUGUGACUGGGUUGGCCUCUUCCCAGAAGUCUGUUUUCUCUUUGCUUCUCCGGGCACUCCAUUCCAGGCCUCCUUGCUCUUGCAAAGGUUAGCAUUCUGGCAUUGGCUCGGGGUCUUCUUUUCCCUAUACUCUGCGCAGCCCACUCUGACCAGUUGUUGCCCAGAGAGAGCUGAUGCCCACACUUGCUCCUGCCUGCCAGACCAGAAUGUCAGGGCCUUCCGUCAGCUCUGUCUAGAUGUCCCCCAUGUACCUCACACAUUCUCUUUCUCUCCUCUCACGCUAUCACUCUGCCAUCUGCCUAGGUACACAAGCUGAGCGCCCAGGAGACCCCUUUUAAUUAUUUCUCACCUCCAGCCAAAAUUUGAUCCUUGCCUUUCCAUGGCGUGUAUUCUUCUGGUACCUGGACAUUUCUUUCUAGCUCAUCAUCUUUGAUAAAGUUCAAGCUACUACCCAUGGAUGGAGGUGGGAACCUAGGAAGGAACAGCAGAGAGAAGUAACCCAGCAGUUUCCCUGGACAUAGUGCAGGGUUCAGCUCGGGAGAUGCCACAAGCAGCGUAGCAGAUGGGAAGAGGAAGAGGGGAUCCAACUCCACCAUCAUUGGGGGUACCAGGGCCACCAAGGGAGAUAUACAUUUCAGGUUAGGAAGAGGUAACCAGGAAGAAGACAUUGCUCACUGUGCAGAGCAGGCCUGGGGAGCCGAAGAGAAGAGUCCAUUGCUUUUGUGUAUAUAUGUAAAAACUAACCAUUUCAGGAGUCCCCAAUUUAUCUUCUAGGACCCUCCCGAACCCCUGAGGCACUACAGCAUACCUCCCCACAAAUCCCCGCUCUGCAGCUUGGAGGGAGGACAGUGUUUCAGGCUACCCAGCUACAUAUCCUCGCUGUGGGGCCUUUGCUCUGCCUUGCAGUGAGGGGCUGUUCUAUAGUAUUGGCCUGUUGAAGUGCCACCUUUUCCUAGUGAGCCAGUUGGGGUAGGCCCACCUUGACCUGCAGCUCUGUCUGAGGGGAGAGACUAAACAAGGUGGAAUGUGUUGGAAGAGCUCGGUCACAGUUUUGGAGCAGAAAGCAAGUCCUAGUCUCUUGUAGAGUCCAUGGGAUGAGAACUGUUGCUUAAACCCUGGAAAGGUGGGUAAGCCCUGCACUUAGCCAGGGCCACUGUUUGAGGAGUCACAGCAGAAGAGGUAGGUGUUCUCACCCACAUUUGUGGCAGAUGACGAGGCACCUUGGCAGCAGAAGGACCAGGCAGGAAGGGGUCCAGCUAAGAUAGACGCGGCAAUGAUGACUGGCUGAGGAAGGGAGGCCCAGGACAGCAGCCGGUGCAGGGAUGCGGUCAUGAUACUGAUGAGCACUCAUAUAGAGAACGUGAGUCGGGUGCUUGCCUGAGAAGGUGGGAAAGGUUUGCCUAAGAGCAGAGCUGCCUGGAGAAGGGUCGUAGCAGCCAAUUAGGUGGCCUGGUCUCCAGAUAGCUUUGUUGUGCCUCCAAGGCCUUCAAGACUGCAAGAGCUAGGAGUUGGUGUCUGUAAACCCGGGAGAUGCAUGAGUCUUGCUAAACUGAGCCCAGGUGUAGCUGGAGCUUUGGUGCUGAGAAAGUUCCUCAGGAUCACAAUUCUCACUGAGCAUUGAUGGAAGAUACUAGAUGGCUCCUCGAAGCUGAAUGCUGGCUUCCCAAAGGAUUUGGCUCGUGUCUGUUCAGUUGGCGAUCAAACACGGAAUGAACCCUUAUGUAGACCAGGGGUUCUCAAACCUGGCUGUGCACUGAGGAGUUUAAACAAUUGCAGAUUGCUGGGUACCGCCCCUGCAGAUUCUAAUUGAGUCCUUCCCUGUGCGGCCUGGACUUCCAGAGCUUUUUAUGCCACUCAGGCCUGGCCAAAGUCAAGCUCCACUGAAUUGGGGGAUUCACUUAAGCAUCUGGGUGAGAGGAAUGCCCAUUUGUUUUAAAGAAAGUGACAUUUACACAGUGGCUGUGAUACUGGAGGGACAGGAAAGGCCGGCUCUUGCCUCUGUCAGGGAAUGGGGGGGGGGGCUAGAGCUUAUAGUCCACAGUGACACUUGAGCCCCCAUCCCGUCCCUUGGGCUCUCCUCAUCACUUCACAGUUUCUCAGAGUAUUUUGCCCUUCCCUUGGCUGUUCCGACCUCUAUUUUCUCAACCCUAUUCCCUUCCACCUCCACUUCCCUUUCCCCCACCAGCAUCUCUCUGUCUGUCUGUCUACUCCAGUCCUUCACACCCUGUUCUGGUUUUUGGACGAAGAUGGAGGAGAGAAGACUGCAGACAUGGCCAGAGGCU